CCAAAUGAUCCAACUGCAAGAUCAAACGAAAUAGUACUCGUGCUUAAAUUGAAUGUCAUAUUUCUUCGGGGAGAUUGUUCUCGUACAUUUUGCGCUAAACAUCGUGGCUAGUCUGCAAGAAAGUGGUAGCGUUCAGUGACGUUAGCUAGCCAGUUCUUUUUGAACACUGACUGAUCGAGGAACAAGAGAUACCGGUAGCUGACAGUACGCACACCUUUUCCCAAUGGCUGUGUCAAAAUGCACCCGGCUGAACGGUCCCUUAAUAAAGCAAAUGUUAGAUUCUGUGGACAGUGUCCUCUUCGACUGUGAUGGUGUCAUCUGGCGAGGGGAUCAGGCAAUCCCUGGCGCCCCUGACGUUAUCAACCUGCUCAAGAAGAAUGGAAAGAAAGUGUUUUUCGUCACCAACAACAGCACUAAAACUAGAAAGAUGUAUGCAGACAAACUGGCAUUGAUGGGAUUCAACGCAGCUCUCCAGGACGAGGGUUAGCCACUCCUGAUUUCCAGUGUUGAUAAAUGGAUUUCGAUUUUCUUUUCAAAUGAGUUGUUCAUGAAAUGGUAGAGAAGUAUGUGUUGUGUGUUUGGGUGAAAAGGAAGAAGGGCUAUGCAAGGCCUGUGUUCUUUGCUCAAUAUCCCUCUGUAGCAAUGAUCUCAAACACAGAGGAAAUGUGUACACACUGCUUUUGGGUAUUUCCCUCAUCUGUGUGCAUACAUUUGAAAUCACGUCACUCAAUAUUUAUCUAAGGCAGAGAGCUAUGCAGAAAUACAGUAAACUGGAGUGCACUGACAAUUCAUCAGGAAUUAUAUAUCUUAUGUUGUCCACUCUCAUGUUCACUGUACCAAUGCUGUGUUUAUUGCCAUUUACAUUACCCAUUCACAUGAGGAAGUAUACAUAAACUGGGUUAUACUCUUAUUGUAUCCUGAUGUAUUGUAAAUGUAAAAAUAGAACUACCUUUUGUUCCCAUUCAAUUAGAAGUUUAGGGGUUUGCGCAAUAAUCAAUGAUCUUGUUAAGUGUGUUUUAAUGUAACAUAAUGUCAGUCUUAGUAACUGUCUAUAAUAUGUUAGAUUGUCUGUACUGCCAAUACAAUAAUCAAACUACUGUAUCAUCCUCUGUCCUUGACAACAGUAUUCACCUUGACUCAAGUAAAUCAAACACUGAUAAAAAAAUAAACAUACCUUUUCC